AUGAUGGCCUCUAUGAGUGCUGAGGAGUUGGCUGAUCAGCCUUUCUCUUCCCGUGUCUGGGCCAGCGUGGGCCGUGUAAGCAACGCCUACUUGAAUAAAUCUAUUUUGUACCUGAAGACUCGUUGGCUUGUGCUUUUCGCGUGUUUGGCUUUCUACAUCGUCCGUGUAUAUUUUUUGGCCGGUUUCUUCGUAGUCAGUUAUGGCCUCGGCAUCUAUCUUUUGAAUCUCCUGAUUGGCUUUAUCUCCCCCCAGGUUGACCCGGAAACUGACGAGUACGUCUUGCCUGUCCGGGGGGGAGGGGGCGGAGGCCAGAGCGAACCAGGAGAAUUUCGGCCAUUUUUGCGCCAAGUUCCAGAGUUUAAAGCAUGGGUUUCUGGCAUGCGAGCGUUGCUGAUUGCCAUCUCCAUGACCUUUUUCCAGGUGUUCGACUUACCCGUCUUUUGGCCCAUCCUCCUAAUCUACUUCAUCCUGCUUUUUAUCCUCACGAUGAAGCAGCAAGUCAAGAAGAUGAUCAAGUACAAGUACCUUCCUUUCUCUUGGGGAAAGCAAACCUACGGAGACAUCACUCGCGGUAGCGGCCUCAGCGGUCAGAGCUGCCCCUCUCCCAAAGCCUCCGUCACAUCAACAGCCACCGCUCCUUCGUACAUAUCCCACGAGCACUUCACAGCCACAUACGUCUUGCGCUGA